UAUAAACGGCCAAUUCCAGUCAGCUCAUCUCAGUCCCAAGCGUCUGGAAAGAGGGGAACAUACAUAGUCCAGCAACAAAACUGUUUCUGUUUGAAUUUUUUCUCCCUCUAGUAUUUGCCAAAUGAUGGCGUCCAAGCUGAAGGAUCGCAAGAGAACUCCCGUGUCUCAUAAAGUCAUCGAGAAACGAAGAAGAGAUCGAAUCAACCGAUGUCUAAACGAGCUGGGAAAGACAGUUCCAAUGGCACUGGCUAAACAGAACUCUGGAAAGCUUGAGAAGGCAGAAAUCCUGGAGAUGACAGUGCAGUAUCUGCGCGCGCUCCACUCCGCAGACUUCCCGCGCGGUAGAGAAAAAGGUGAACUACUGACCGAGUUUGCGAAUUACUUCCACUACGGCUAUCACGAGUGCAUGAAGAACCUAGUGCACUACUUAACAACGGUGGAGCGAACGGAGAGUAAAGACACCAAGUACGCACGGAUCCUUGCGUUCCUGCAGUCCAAAGUCGUUACUGAGCCCGUGUUUGGCACUUUAGGCACCAUCUCACCAGACACCACGGACCUCCUGUGCCAACUGGAGUAUCAGAGUCCAAGCCCAACCGAGUCAGUGUUCCAGCAAACCCCACCCGGACACUUUACCUGGCACAGCUCUGCGCGGAGCCCCACGCUCGCGUAUCAAGCGGUGUCUCAUCAGCACAGCGGAUACUUAUCACCGGUUCAGGGUCUAGAUCAUCAUUAUAUGAACUUCAUCGGGCACUCGCAUCCCAACGCAUUCAGUUUACACAAUGCACAGCACGCUUCUCUGUAA